CGCACUUAUUGCUUCCAAAUUGACACUGCAAUGACGAUACGAUAAAAGUGAUACAUAAUUAGUUCAAUAUAAAAUUAGAAUUACCGUCUAGUGCUUGUUAUUAUCAAAUGCUUAUUGCUACCUAAUUGUAAGGUAGAGCCAAAUUAACAGCUCAGCUCGCUGCUGCACUGGCUCAUUGUUAAAAGGUUUAAUGCAGGUCAAUAAUUCUGGCGUCGCAGAUUUGAAUCAUCGACUCGUCUAGAUCAGAUUCCUUCGGCGGGCGGGAUCAUGUAUAUGCAAGCGGUGAAUUUUGUGCCGAUGUCGCAACCGCCGCCGCCGCCUCCGCCGCCGCCGCCGCCGCCCUCGCAGGCUAUCGACGACUAUGGCAUUAAAGAUGUUUGGAAUUACAAUCUUCAUGAAGAAUUUCAUGUUAUUAGACAGAUUGUGCAGAAGUAUCAUUGGGUGGCCAUGGAUACUGAGUUUCCAGGGGUAGUGGCAAGACCUAUUGGUGAAUUUCGAUCAACUGCAGAUUACCAAUAUCAAUUAUUAAGGUGCAAUGUGGAUUUACUGAGGAUUAUCCAACUUGGGCUCACAUUCAUGGAUGAAACUGGCAAAACUCCAACUGGAUAUACAACUUGGCAGUUUAAUUUUAAAUUUAGCUUACAGGAGGAUAUGUACGCUCAGGAUUCCAUUGAUUUACUGCAAAAUUCCGGUUUGCAAUUUCGUAAACAUGAAGAAGAAGGAAUUGAUCCCUUUGAGUUUGCAGAACUGAUUAUGACCUCAGGAUUGGUGUUAAUGGAUAACAUCAAAUGGCUAAGUUUCCAUUCGGGAUACGAUUUUGGCUACUUGUUGAAGCUUUUGACUGAUCAAAACUUGCCAGCGGAAGAAAAUGAGUUUUUCCAAACUCUGCACAUGUAUUUUCCCACCAUAUAUGAUGUGAAAUACUUAAUGAAGUUGUGCAAGAAUCUGAAAGGCGGCUUGCAGGAAGUCGCAGAUCAGUUGGAGUUGCGCCGCAUUGGGCCCCAGCAUCAAGCCGGAUCUGAUUCACAUCUCACUGGCAUGGCAUUCUUCAAGAUUAAGGAGAUAUUCUUCGAUGACAACAUUGAAAACUCGAGCGGGCAUCUGUACGGAUUGGGUGCGCCGUUCUUCGCCACCACCAACAACUUCCCCGACGGUGGCGAUGGGAAGCCAUCCUGAUGCUCGGCCGCCGGGCCCAGCGGCCGCGCGGGACCCUCUCACGAGCGCAGUUUCGUCGUUACCGAAUAAAUACUGAUUAACCAUUCUAUAAUAAUUAUUUCUUCAAAACCAUUGUCAGUGAUUACAUUUAUAACAUGAUUAAAAAUUGUAAUUGUAGUUGCAAGUAUAUAACAAUAUUUAACUUUAUCUUAUAAGUAAUAUAUGUGUUUACGUAGACCUUUAUGUGCGCAAAAAAUGAUUACUUGAUUACUGAUAAGGAAAACUGUUUAUCAUUGUUGGAUGUCGCUGGAUAUAGUAACAUUGAGAUUUUCGCAUAUUGAGAUAUUCAACGACUAACUCCCAAAUGGAGCAACAAUUCUUUUGCUAGGAUUUGAUUUACAUAUAACAUCAUAUACCUAAGUACUACUUAUUAAUAAGUGGAUGUUACAUUUUAAGACUUUUCUCCUUUAUUUGUAACCUUUAAGUAAUUUGGAUUAUUGUCUUUAACUAGUAAUAUUAAUUUUGUAGCUUGUAUUUAAACUUUGAAAAUAUUCAUUAAACUUAUAUCCAAUUU